CCCGCCGGCCCCCGGGGAGCCGCGGCGGGGGCGGAUGGAGACAGCGGGCACGGCGGCGGGCUGGGUUAUUUUCUUCCAUCUUCCUCUCAUCUCUGGAAGAUCCAUCAGUAUUGGGAUAGGCAGCAAUUAUUCCAAUCUCCCAAUCGCCUCGAACCGGAGCAGCGCUGCCAGCGCCUUGCCGGGCCCCGGGGAGCACGGCGCUGACAGCAGCCUGCUGGUGUCCCCGCUGCUGGUGGCAGGGCUGGUGAUCGGGCUGGUGCUGCUGCUGUCCUGUGCCACCAUCGUGGUGGGCAGCCUGCGCCGGGACCGCCGGGCCCGCCCGCCCCGCGCGGGCAGCGCGGCUGCCGACGCCCCAGAUGGUUUCUCCCACGGCGGCUCCUCUGCAGAGCUGCGAUCCACCUGCAGCGAGGAGCUCCCCCCAGCCUGUGACCUUGACUCCUACCUGGAUAUACUUUCUCAGGUGACCAUCAUGUAUCCUGAUCCACCUCCACGCUAUGACGAAUGUGUGGGGCCAGGAGCAACACAAAUAUAUAUUCCCACAGACGAUCCCCCCCCAUAUUCCCUUACGGACCCUUGCCAAAGAAACGGAACACCCAGAAACACGUGUCCCAGCCCGGAGGAGGCAGCAGCCGCCGGCAGCGCCGGGCGGGCCGCACACGCUGCGGGGAGACCGCGGGAGCGGCAGCGGCCCGGGCCCGGCCCCGCGCGGGAGCGCGCGCGGCCCCGGAGCGCGGCCCCUGCCGCGGGGCGCCCCGCAACGGAAGCGGCCCUUCCCUUCCAUUCUGCUGAAGAACUCACACCAAUAGGAGAAUAA